AUGCUUGAUGACUGUAUUGCUUUCACUUGUGUGACAUUAUUUACUACUUGUGGCCAUGCUUUAGGUGAACACGAAUCAACAUAUACUGCCACACCUACAACGAAUGGAGUUGUGUUUAGACGAAAGAAACAUGGGCAUAUUGUACCAAACGCUGAAACAAAACAUGAGAAGGAAAUUCUGUAUAAUUCUGAUCUGAAGCUUCCCCAUACCAUCAACAUAGAAGAAAGAUUCUCAGCUCCGAGGGAAGCAGAUCCCAACUAUGACAUGUUUGCUGGAAUUCCAGGGGAUAAACGAAAAAAGGAACAAAAUGAAAUGCAUGAUUACGACAUACCAGAGAUGGCCAGUAGUUCCACGGGAACCUUGAAGUAUCUCAGUACUGAGCUGUUACAGUUUGCACACAUCAACGUUACAAUAACACAACCAGAUAAUUUAGUCAAUGACUCUAUCCAAAUUGCAGCGUACAUUAAAAACAGAGUUCCUCUGGAGGAAAUUGUCAGCGAGAUAAAGGGGAAUCUGUCAUGUGUCUGGAAGAACAAAGUCAUAGAGUCUGUAGAAAGAAGCAGCUGUUUCAACAAGUUGGUACAACUACUGUCUCGGCUUUCUCCUACCAAUCUCACAAUUGUAGCCGAACGUUACAUCACAAAUAAUGCUUCAUCUGAGAAAGAGGUUGCAUAUAGGAAUAUCGUCAUUGAUUCACUGGGAGCAGUUGCUACGGAAACAUCACAGAUGCUACUGACGGAGAUGAUCUUUUUAUCAAAUAAUCCUGAUCCCAAUUUGGUCUUUCGUACUUUAUCACAUUUUUUGGCAUUACAGAAACCACCACCAGGAAAGUUUGUAGACGUACUGAUGAAAAUGGCAUUCAAGAAAACGUUUGUUUUUCCAGAUGAUAAGAACACAACUAAUGUACACCAUAAAGCAUUACUAGUCUUAGGAUCUGUUGCCGAAGUACUACUACAGUCAGAGCCACAAAAAGCAUAUGGAAUUGUUGCCCAGCUUGAAGACACAUUAGGUGUUCAUGACCCAGUAAAUCAUCGUCAUACCAGGUCCAUCAUGUCUGACAAAGAAUACCAAUCGCAUUUGCAUAACAAAGCUAUUCUCAUACAUUCGCUUGGCAACGCUGCGUUUGAUAGUUCCUACGAAUACUUUAUAUCUUAUAUGAACAACACUGGAAGUCCUUCAUUACUCAGGAGAAGUGGUGUACUCUCUGUCUCUCGUUAUAGUCAUGAACAGGCAGCGAACACAUUGCUAGACAUGGCUAUGAAUGAUCACGAGGAACAUGUACGGUAUGCGGCUACAAUAGAGUAUCAAAGACAUCCACAUGCACUUGACUUUGAUGAACUCAUACAGGAAUAUGUAGCAGUUCAUACAAAUCGAACUGACAUAGCAGAUACUGAUGGAGAAUCAAACCGCCCACUGUACAGAAGUAGACGUUCUAUUUUGGAUGGUUUUCAGUUUGAGCUCAAGUUGCCUUUUGUUGAUUGGGGCAAGACAAUUGGUAGUAAGGCGAUUGGCGCUUCCAUUGGAUUUCUCAUGAGGAACUUUCUCAAUCUGGAUAUCAAACCAUUCAGUGGUAAUUUGAAUGUGCAUGUAGAAGAUGCUGCUUGGGCUAUAGCACAUAUUGGUCUCUUGAACCUGAAUUUGGAGUUUGUCCAUGCUAAGUUGUGUUUUAAGGGACAUGGUUCAUAUUCUCUGAACAUUCUUCAGGAGUUUGGCUUUUAUGACAUAAUUGAAUUGGUGAAGAAGUAUGAUGGUGUUGUCAGAAACAUGAUAAACAGUGUGGAAAACACCAUCAAGACAUUUAAGAACCUGCUUUCAAGUGCAGAGUCUAAUGCCAAUAGUGUAUUUGAUGAUUUUGUUGCCGUUAUUGAAGAUCUACCGAAUCGAAUUAGGGACCUGAGAAACAUCGGGAAGAAUUUAGUUCGUGUGAUUGGUGAAUAUAGUGGACUGCCGGAAUUUGUCACAGAUGUUAGAAAUAUUGUAGAUAGAGUUAGUACACUUGUGAAUGAUAUAAAGACAGAUGUAAUGGAGUUUUAUAAUUCUAUUGUUGAUACGAUAACUGUGACUCUACCUUGGGCAGCUGAACAGAUAAUGGACGCCAUUGAAGCUGCUGCCCAAGCAGUCAAGAAAUUAUUUAAAUCACCCAGAACUGCCAUCACUGAUAUUGCCAAAUCUAUAUACAAGAUCAAGGCAGCGAUUGCUGGUGUAUUUGACGCCAAGAAUAGAAUCGUCAAGGCAUGUUUCUUUCUAGAUGGGCAGAAGCCAUAUUGGUUCAAUCUCAGGGAUGAGAUUGCUGGUAUCGUGGAAGAUAUUCUCAAUGCCAAGGACAAUCUGGGUGAUGCUUUAGAGUGGAUUACUGAGGGUGCAAAAGAUGAUGACACUUUCAAGAAAUUCACUGGAGUGCCAUUGUCUACCAUUAAGCAGCAGAUUAUUGAUGAGAUCUGGGGUGAAUUUGAUACCUUAAUAACUCCAGUACGAAUGAUAGAGAGACUGGCAGAGCCGUUUGUUUUGGCGUAUGAUUCAUUCGUUGGUACAAUAGAAAGUAUCAAGCAAGCUUAUGAAGGAAUAAAAAGAGCAUAUGAUGAUGCCAAGACUACAAUCAAUAAAAUAUUUGGCCCCAAGAUGGGUAAGAAGUUUCCAAGAGUGAUUGCGACUGGUAGCUGUGGAGAUGGGCGGUUUGAAAACACCAAUCAGAACACACUACCAGGAAUUGACUUAGAGGCAAAUGCUGGAGAUGAGCUGACUGCUCCUUUUGAUGGUACUGUAUCUGUGACUGGAAACAACCAAAUCACAUUGGUGAUUACGAGGGAAUUGAAGGACAAUGAAAUAAUCCUGUACAAUGUUAUCCUCGACCCAGGCCUGGAAAACCAACAUGUUUCUAAGGAUCAUCGUAUUGGUACCGUCGCGUCAUCAGACUGUUCUCCUAAUAUAAUCCAUCUAAGUCUUCGAACACAAGAAGUACACGAGUAUAUUGAUCCAACCUCAUAUCUGAUGAAGCGUGAAAUGCCACCACCAGGAUGGCAUAUUGAGUGCGAUGACUAUGUUCUCAUUUACAAAAUGAAAGUUGAAAUGUCGGGAUCUAUAACUGGAGGAGCAGUAAAAAGUGACACAUCACCAGAUAGAACUAGUGAACCGGAUACUUCAGAUAUGGACAGUAUCGCUAAACGAAGAAAGCGUGGCAUCAUAAAUGAUUUAUUUGGAGCAGCCAAAGACUUCGUUGAUGGUCUUGGGUUUCCUGGAAUAGAUGAACUUGGACCAGUGUUUGAUUUCAACAUGAAUGCUUUGAAUGUUGGUAAUGUGUUUGACUUUCUGGAAAAUGCACAAAUGACACCCCUUAAAGAUCAACUGGAAAUGUUACUUGAGAAACUCCAGAAUGCAAUCAACACUGCCGGGUGUCAACGACCUGAGUCCAUGGACAUUAAAGAACUGAGAAAUGGGCUACAACUAAAAAAGAAAUCUACAACUGGAUCUAGAGAUGAACUGGUCAAACGAUACCUGGAAUCAGAGGAAAAAUGUUUUGGGUUGAGAAAUGCACUCUCCAAGAAUAUCUACUGUACUUUUGAUGAGCAUUGCCUUGGUGUUACUUGCUGCAUUGAUCUACAACUUGGUCCCUAUCUACAUAGGUCUUUCAAUGCCUACGUUCAGUAUAAUCCAUGCAACUUUGAACUUGUGAUUGGUGUUGACAGCUGGACCAAGACGUUUAAUCUGAUAGACUUUGAUUUUGCUGAUGCAGAUGAGGAAGGUGAGCCAACAAUUGAAAGUAUUGAUGUGCUUGAUGCGGUGAAGAUUACAGUGAAACACAAGAUAGAGAUGACUGAUGGCAAGAUUACUGUAACUUUGGAGACUGAACUGUGUGCUACUGAGGUGGACAUAUGCCUAGCUCCUGUGAAAAUACUGGAUGAAGCAACAAUAGAUGUACCACUGUGUGAUGAAGUCAUGCAAGAACAUGUAGACUCUGUAAAGCAGCAACAAGAGACUGGAACAGGUAUAGUGAUGUCUGAACUGACAUUAGGAGAAUUGGAAAUCCUACUUGAUCAAUAUGGCAUCGAUGAGAAAGACGUCACAAAUCUCCUGACAGACCUCAGGAAACUGUACCAGGAAAUGACAAAAGAAGCUAUCAAUACCAAACUAUCUGAAAUAUUUGAUGAUGAAUUUACUAAUUUUGACAUGUGCAUGGAUGGUGAUGUUCACAUGGAACGUGGUGCAAAUUUCUUUGACUACAGAAUAGAUUUCAUGGUUGGACCCAUUCCUAUGUAUCUUGGAUUUGGUUCUGGUGGUACAUUUGGCAUGACGUAUGGUACAAAUGUCUGUCUUCUAUCCAUGAUCGCAGAGCUCACGGUGCGGCCUCAGAUUGGAGCUCAAAUUUAUGGAUAUCUUGGAAUCAAUCUUUACGUACUCACUGCUGAACUUAGAAUGACUGGAUAUUUGAUGACAAUCAGCUUUCCAACAAAAGCACAAAUACAAUUUGAUCAUUUUCCAAUAGAUGUUGCUGCCCGUAUGGACAUGAAUCUGGUUCCUCUGCGUCUAGAACUCCGAGCAAUACUGACAUUUGAAAUCUAUAUUAAUCUUGCUUUUUCCUCAAUCCACAUCAAGAAAAUCUUGUACAAUCAGGGUGUGUCAUUUAAAAGAAGUGCCUCACAAGCCAACCAGGGAUGUUUUGUGCAUCAAGUUGAAGGACGAGACUACACUGAUCCAGCAUAUGAACUUGAACUAUCUGUGGAAGAUGAUAAAAGUGAAGUGGACAUGACAUUCUGUAUCGGCACUUACAAAGGUGGUUGUGAUGUUCUAAAAGAUGAAAGUAUGGGAGGAUUUUCUACUGUAUUUGAGCAGGUGUUGAGAGGUGGUGUACCAUUAUAUUACACAAUAUCUGCCAAGAACUCAGCUGGUGCUGUCGCUAAAGCUACAUGUGAAUUACCAACUUAUGAUGUAACAUUACCUGGUGGGCGUGUGGUUCCCGAUUUCCUGUCAACAAGUCAUCCAAAUAUACUGAAAGCUUCUGCUGUUGCCUUGGAUGAUUCUAUUAUCAUGCAACGGGAGGAAGCAGUUGGGUAUGGUCAAGAUAUAUUUGGAGAUCAAGUUAUCAUCUGGAAUUCAUUUGAAAUGGAGAAAAUUAAUCAUGAAGUUGAUAUCGGACUUCAUGAUCCAUUAGGUACGAAAAGUUUGGAAUACUUUGCAUCACCGCGGUUAGGAAGAUUGAGGUCAACUUCCCAUCAUACUACGUCUUACCUGUAUGCAACAAACUGUGCCAAAGACUGUCUAGCCCUUCCUCCCACCAAGUGUCUUAGUUUUAAUUAUGACUAUGGUGAAAAUGGCCUGUGUGAGCUGAUGGAAGAGAUUGAGGGACAUGGUGUAGAACUCCAUGAGAAUGGUUAUUUCUAUAAUUUUGAACGACUUGGUAUUGGUCACGCUGUAGAAUUCAUCCAUGACGACCUACAACUCAGACACAAUGACUUGCAUUUAUUCAAUAUUCAUCUCAAUAACUCAUUAGGUUACAGUAACAUUAUUAAUUCCAAGGGUGUAUUGGUUGAUUUUGUCCCACCGGAACCAGGUCCGAUCAAUAACGCUAUCUUUGAUGCAGUGAGUCAUGAAACGUGCACAGAAUAUGUUCCAGAUGAGUGGGAAAACAGAUGUAUAGAAGAAACUCCAUUACCGAAUCACAGAUCCAUUGUAGAUGGUUUUGGUUCCUCUUGUGUGUUCAAUGGACAUGAAACUUUGGUUGAUAUGCUGUAUACUCGGGCUAAUAAAUACGUCUCGGCAAACUGGGAUGGAUUUCAUGAUCUGGAGACCCAUAUAUUUGGAUACACAUGGACUGUAGGGACAGAUCACUGUUUAGAUGAUAUCCAUCCGCAUAAAGAUCCCCAUAGUCAUUUAUUUGAUGAAAGUGAAUGGACACAUACUGGUAUAGCUCAUCCACUUGAAUUAGAUGAUGGGCAGUACCAUGUGACUGUGAGAGCAUUGAAUAAAGUGGAAUUUGGUGGGCCAUUGGCGACUACUGUUUGCCAUACAACACCAUACACUAUUGAUAAUACACCACCAUUAGUACAUGAUGUAAACCUAAUAGAAUAUGAUGAAAUAGCAUGUCAUAUCAUAACAGAAUAUAAUGUCAGCGACCCUCAUUCCGGAAUUCGUGAGAUUGACUUUGGUCUUGGUAGAAGUAAUCGUGAUGUAUACCUACUAGGAUGGCAGAGACACGACAAUAUUACACACAUAGGAUUAGACUACUGUAUUGCAGAUGGGAUACCAGCAUGGAUUAAAAUUAGAGCUAUUAAUAAUGUUGAUCUACGUACUGUCGGACAUUCAGACUUCCCCAUCCUGGUGGAUAGAAGCCAUCCCAUACCUGGUGAUGUAUUUGAUGGGUCACAGCAUGGAGUGGAUAUUGACUACCAAUCAACAAGUGAUGCUAUCUGUGCAAACUGGCAAAACUUUCUUGACAUGGAGAGUGGCAUUCGUAAAUACACAUGGGGAGUAGGAACUUUCCCGGGAGGUGACGACGUUGUUAGUUUCUAUGAUCUUCCACAUACAGUGCUACAGCAGUGUAGUAUGAAUGUCAGCUUAACACAUAACACCACCUACUACACCACUAUCUUUGCAUACAAUGCUGGUCACAAAUCACUCAAUGUAUCAGUGAUCUCUGAUGGAGUUCUGUAUGAUGCCACACCUCCAAUAGAAGGUGAACUACGUGAUGGGCUGGACCCCAACAUUGAUAUGAGCUACUCCUCAGAAUUGGCAACAGUAUCAGCAAACUGGAAUGGAUAUUCCGAUCCAGAAUCAGGAAUCGGUGAAUAUGAUGUCAGUGUAUACAGAAGACAUGCUGAUUUUGAUAACGGCACUGAGAGCAUCUUGAAAUCAUCCAUGCAGCUUAUCCAUGUUGUCACAUCGCUAACGCCAGAUACUGAUCACAUCAAUUGGCAUCAUUUCCAUUUACAUCAUGGAGACUUUGUUUAUGUGGAACUGGAUGCUGUAAAUCAAGCUGAUAAUCCUACUACUACUCAGUCUGAUGGAUUUACCAUCGAUGUGACUAAUCCCAUCAUGCAUUUCUUGGGAGAUGGUAUAAAUGCUGGUGUAGAUAGGCAGUAUACUUCGAGUACAAGUGAGCUGUCUGCCAAUUGGGAAUUUCAAGAUCCAGAGUCUGGUAUUGAUCAUUAUAAACUGGCUGUAUAUCAAACACAGGGAGGCACUAGAAGACAGAUCUAUCCACAAGAUAGAACCAAGUCACUGUCUAUAUCUCCUGAUCAGAAUGACUGGACAUCAGAUAAUCCUUUGACAUUGCUGACUGGUAGGCAUUAUAGUAUCAGAGUCACGGCUGUUAAUGGUGCUGGUUUGUCUACUGUCCAUGAUACUGAUGGCGUUAUUGUUGACCCUACACCACCCCGGAUGAGAAAGAUUUUUGUAGGAGUACUAGCUGGUGAGAGUGAGGAAAUAUUUGAUGGAUUUGUUUUACAAACUGAUCCCAAUGGUAUCUUAGCAACCUGGUUUGCAACUGAUGCAGAAAGUGGUAUUGUAGCGUACUGGGUUGCUGUUGGCACAACACCAGAAGGUACUGAUGUCAGUGACUACCGUAAUAUGGGAAGUAAACGUGAUGGAUACGUUGAUGAGUUAUCGUUACAGUUAUAUAAUACAGCGGCUAAUGGACCUGUGUAUUAUAUUACUGUCAAAGCUGAGAAUGGCGCCGGAUCCAUGUCAGAAUCCUUAACGUCAAGUCCUAUCAAGGUCCUGCAAGGUGAUAUAGCUGGCAUAACUGAUGACGGACCAGAUACACAGACCAUUGGCACAAACAUUGUCAGUGUUGACACAGACUAUCAGAAAGAAGACACUGUCGUCACUGCACAGUUCCAUGGUUUUGGGAGUCAAGUUCACGGCAUUGUAUACUACGAAUGGGCCGUAGGGACACAACCAAGACUGGAUGAUAUUCAGCCAUAUACUGAUGCUGGUAUUGUAGUAGACAAUCAACAUGGCAACCCUGGAGAAGGUUUAAGUGGUUCAGGUAAAGCUCAGAUGCCAUUACAGCUGGAUAGCGGUGUUACUUACUUUACUACAGUCAGAGCUAUAACAGGUGCUGGUAAUGCACUAGAUUCUGUCAGUGAUGGCUUCACAGUUGAUUUGACAUCCCCUGUCAUUACUAUAGACAGUCUGGGUGUCAUUGUUGAUAAUAAUACUCUUAAUUUAGAUGUGAACACUGCACAUUAUCAGGAAUCCGUGGAUUCUUUAGCUGCGGAAUGGGAGAUAACUGAAGAUGAAAGUACCAUCAUCUACACAUCAUUCUCCUAUGGUAGUUAUCCUGGUGCUGAUGAUAUCUAUAAUAUAACUGAUGUAACUGAAAUUUACAGUGUGCCUAAUGGUAUGGUAGUACCUGAAGGAAAUGGAAAACCAAAUAUACUUGCAUUAAAAUCGAUCAAUCAGGUUGGUUUGUGGACUGAGACUAUUUCUGGUAGUGUGACUGUUGAUACAUCUCCACCAAUAGCAGGAAUUGUUGAGUGUCCUAGAUACAGUGUAGCAAUUGAUGAGCUGUUCUGUUCAUGGAGUCAUUUCUAUGACGAUGAAAGUUUCAUAUCACAUUAUGAGUUCGGCAUUGGGAUAUCAGAAGGAGAUGAUUCAUUGUUUUCAUACAAGAAGAUUGAAUCUCAUAUCAACAGUUACAGAGCUAGAGAUUUACAUGGAGGUAGUCUGCAACAUAGUGGUAGAUAUUAUGUGACUAUCAUCGCAUACAAUGGUGUUGGUUUGAAAUCACAAUCAUUCUCACAGCCUAUUGUGAUUGAUGACACUCCACCAGUACAAGGAAGCGUAAUUGAGUGGAGCGGAGUGGAUGAAAUUGAUGUUUCUGUGGACGAUACUGAAAAGUCUUCCACUUGUACCACUGAUGAAGAGUGUGCUCUUUUGGAUGUGGUUUGUCAGAAAUCUUUAACUCAAAUUUCUGUCACCUGGCAACCUUUCCAAGAUCCUGAAUCUCCUAUUAUAAGAUACCAGGUAGCUGCUGGCACAUCUCCAGGGGGUACACAACUACAGGAAUACCAGGAUGUACCACUAGAUUCUUACUACACAGUUAUAACAGGGCUUGAUUUAACUGAUAUUGAAGUGGGAUAUGUGUCUGUUAAAGCUACAAAUGCUGCUGGAUUGACAUCUACUGCAAUGUCUAAUGGUGUGUUCAUCAGUCGAAUUAGUCUAGGUUUACCAUCACUUCGUUCAAGUCAUGUAUGGGAUGGGAAUGGUGAUAAAGACUUGUAA